CCCUUCGACAGGAACAAGAGACCACCACCAACAAACAAGACACGCACCCACCCACACGCACAUCACGCACAUAAUACAAGCACAAGCACACAAAAAAAAAAACCCCCCACGAUGGCGACUGCUACCAACAACGCCCGCGACUGGGCUGACGACGACGACAACGAGGAAGUGCCAACCACCCUCCCCCCCGACGAGACUAUCCAGAACCGCGACGGAACCAAGACAGUCAUCUCGUAUCGCAUCGACGACCAAGGGCGAACCAUCAAGACAACCCGUCGCAUCCGCAUGAUCACGCACCGCGAGGUAGUCAACCCGCUCGUCGCGAUGCGCAAGAAGUGGCCCAAGUUCGGUCUCUCCGCCAACGACGGCGCGGGCCCGGCCCCCGACACCACCUCGGUCGGCGAGAAUAUCAUCUUCCGGCCCAGCGCCAACUGGAAGCAGGAGGCCCAGAACGAGGCCAACGACCCCAACGCCCAGAGCCUGAAGCAGAAGCUGGCCGGCUCGAAAGUCAAGUGCCGUAUCUGCAACGGCGAGCAUUUCACGGCCCGUUGCCCCUACAAGGACACCAUGGCUCCCGUCGGCGGCGAGGCGGACGUUGCUGCGGGCAUGGGUGACGAGCCCUCUGCCGGCGGCGCGAGCAGGGCUGGUGAGGGGGAGGCUGGUAAGAAGGGCAGCUAUGUCCCGCCUGCUCUGCGGAAGGGCGGUGCUGGUGGCGAGGGCGAGAAGAUGGGUGGCAAGUACAGCGACCGCGACGACUUUGCCACACUUCGUGUCACAAACGUCUCCGAGAUGGCCGAGGAGCAGGAGCUUCGCGAUAUGUUCGAGCGCUUCGGCCGCGUCACCCGCGUCUUCUUGGCCAAGGACCGUGAGACCGGUCGUGCUAAGGGCUUUGCUUUCAUCAGCUUCGCGGACAGAGAUGAUGCUGUCAAGGCAUGCAACAAAAUGGACGGCUUUGGAUUCAAGCACUUGAUCUUGAAGGUGGAGUUCGCUAAGAAGGCCUAAGGAGGAGGCAGGCCGGCAGGCAAGCAGGCAGGCCCGUUUCAUAAGGAAAGCUAAGGACUAUGCAGCGCCUCUCUGAUCGUUCACGUGGAGCGCAUGACUUGUUUGAGCAUGCGCAUUUUUGGGCCCGUGAGAUGACCGCUGGUACUCGGCAGGGCUCCACAGUCUGGAGCUAUAAGGGAAUCAAAAUAGAUGGCUUGGAUUUGGGGGAAUGCAAAUUAUUCAUGUUUGAAUCAGUUUCUUGCCUUUUCCUGCCAGGUCGAACUCGGGAAGUCAGAAAAAUGUUGUGACUGCUUAAUGGCUUAACUAUCUAUCCCCACUUGAGAUCAUAUCAUAGCGAGACUGAGGGCAGCCGGGUCGUCUUGCUCCUGGAAUUUAACCAUUUCUGAUGGAAGGGAGGUGUACCAGCGAGUACCAUGGUAUAACUUCACGACAUAUGUAUGCAUUACGGAUAUUCGUUGUCAUUGGAAUUAUCCUAGUGGUGGUAUUAUCAACCAUUAUCCUCCCU